UCCGGCCGGACCGCAGCCAGAGGGAGGCGGAACCCCGUGACGGCCGCUCAGCUGCCUUCAGCGGCCUCUGCUCCCGGGGCGGGCCGGAAGGAGCCCGAUUCCCCGCCAUGCAGCACAGCGCGGCGCCCGCCGUGCUGGUCACCACCAGGCAAAUUCAGAAUGCACACACUGGGCUGGAUUUAUCAGUGCCGGAAUACCAGGAGGUCCGUGGGAAGAUGAUGUCUGGCCACGUGGAGUACCACAUUGUCGUCGUUACCCGACUGGCUGCCUUCAAGUCAGCAAAGCACAAACCUGAGGAUGUUGUUCAAUUUAUGGUGUCCAAGAAGUACAGCGAGAUAGAGGAGCUCUACCACAGGCUGUCAGCACGGUAUCCACAUGCUUCUCUUCCACUCUUGCCUAGAAAAGUUCUCUUUGUGGGAGAAUCUGACAUCUAUGAACGAAGAGCAAUGUUCAAUGAUAUCAUGAAAUUCAUCUCAAAAGAUGAGGAUCUAGCAACGAGUCCUGAGUUACUGGAAUUUUUAGGAACAAAAUCUACUGGUGUCAUUGACUACAAGGGUAAAAAUGUUCCUGACGACAAAGAGAAAGAAGAUGAAGAAAAUGAUGCAUUGGAUUUUUUUAAAGAAGAAAAGACACCUGACUUGAUUUCAAAGCUUGCAACACUGGAGAAUGCCAAGAAAGAUGAGAAAAAGGAAGAGGAAGAGGAGGAAGAAGAUUUAGACCCGCUUGGUAUAAUGAGAACUAAAAAAGCAAAGAAGGCAUCUGCUCCUCCAGCCAAGGAAGAGAAGCACAAAUUAAUCACUUUCGAAGAGGAAGCAGACCCAAAUGAGGGAUUGUUUGGCCCAGAGAAAGAUUUCCCAUCACUUGGUCCCAAGAAGAAGAUAAAAGAGAAUGUGAAAUUAUUUGAAGAUCCAGACCUUGGUGGAGUGGUGAGAUUGGGCGACUCACUGCUCCUGCCAGCUGCCUGUGAGAAAAGGGAGCACAUUCCAAGCACAGGUCCUGAGGAAGACACUGAGGAACUGCUAAGAGCAGCUAAUGGUAAGACUGUACAUGGACAAAGGAAGUACCUGAUCCUGUCUGUUCUCACGGAGUCCUGAUGCAAUUAGGAAGCUUGUUUAAUCCCAUUCUGCAGAUGGAGAGCAAAGGCACAAAGGAAAGAACAAAUGACUUGCCACAGACAUUGGAGAGAGUAGCAGAGGACUGAAGUCAGGACAGCCUUCCUGUUGCACAGCCUGGUAUCAUGAACCAACCACUGCAUAUUUAACUGAGUGCUGAGGAAUCUUCAUCUCCACUUGAUGGAGCACUGUGCAGGAAACUGAUUGUAUUUCUGUAUUUUUGGCCUGCAGCCUGGCACUUGACCUGAACACUGCUAAAGCUGCCAUAUGGAGGGUCAUGAAUUUAACAAUCUUCAGACUGAGUGCAGAUCUUCAGCCCUAAUGAAGGUUCAACACAGGAAAAUUGUUAAGAUUUCUUCUAGCAAGUUAGCAAAAUAAGAGAAUGCAGACCUGGCAGGGGUCUGUGAAGACCAGUUUGUCCUGCCUAAAGCCAGAAUGUCUGGCCUGUGUCCCACUGGUAGCAACUCUUACUGUUGUGGACAGGGUGUUACUGGUAAGAGGUUGCUGCUGUAACGUUUGGCAGGGGCCAGAGCUGAAAAAGGUGACUGAACGUAGGCAGACUGAAGAGAUCUUUGAGCAUGGCCAGUGAAUUUUUCUUGCAGCGGCUGUAAUUAUACCUGUAUGUUCUCUCUCAUAGUCAUUUUUCUAACCUGCCUGUAAAAGUGUGGCUGGACAGAGUGCUGGAGAUGUCAUAGCCUCCAUGGGGGUUCUGUUAUAGUUCUUGGCCAUCCUAUUAGAAAUCUUUUCUUGCUGUCCGAUAUAACUGUUCCUUACUGGAACUUAAAUUUGUGAUUUCUAAUUCUCAUUGGCACAGAAGAGAACAAAUACGCCUCGGUCUGUUUUCUACACUGAACACCCACCCAGUGAGGGAGGCAGCAAGCCAGGUCAGGACAUCACUACAAUACCAGCUUCCCAUGCCUCGCUGUAUCCUGGCUGAGUAUUGUCAUCUCGCAUUGGAUUUAGAAUUGCUACAUACUCACAUACCAAUUUGCCAGCAUCCCACACCCCUUCCUUAACACUUAUGUGGUGCCACAGUCUGCAGCCUUUGUUCCAGACGGGAUUAUAUUUUGCUUUCACCUUUCCUCAUGGCAGUGGCAUCUGUCAGCCUGCCACCACCACUAAGAAAUGGCUCACGCUUUUGCAAAGCAGUGGGAGGGCAGAUAUUAUGCAUGGCUGUUAUAACCAUGGGAACGUUCCCAGUAAUACUGAUGAAACAGCAGUAUAGCAUUAUCCAUUUAACCUGAGCAAGGAAUAUUUGGUCCUCAACUCUUCCCUAAAUUGUCAAAUUACCCAGCCAACACAGGGAAGGAAGAGCUGUUAAUUGUUUCCUGUGGCAGAUUUUUAAGAUGAUUUCAAGGUCUGUUUUACUUCAGAAAAAUCUCUUUUCAAUCAAGGAACUGAUGUAAAAGGAUCCUUCAUAAAUCCCCGUGUUAUGCAUUUGUUUUACAAUGCAGAUGUCUAGCUCCAGUAAUAUUUAUAGGCACUUAGAGGUGAGUGAUAGUCUUUGAAUAAAUUAUAUAUAAUGAAUCAUUAUUAUACGGGAGAAGAAUACCAGGCAAAUGCAGCUCAGAAAAAUUGAACAUAUUAUUUGAAAUGACAUUGGGAAACCACACAACAUACUUUGCAUCUUGCCAGACCAGAGCUUUUUUUUCGCAUGCAUCACUCCCAGUAGCAGCUAUUUUAUUAGACUCCUCUUGACAACUCUAGAAAUUCAAUUACGGACUCCGGUGUAGUUCUUGGCUGACAGGCAUCACCUUUUGACAUUAAUAACAGCUAGCUCAUCCGGAGAUCUGGAGAGCAGUAGAGUUAAAUUUAAGCCCUGUGAAGAUAUUUUCUUUGGUAAUUAGGGCUUACAGUGGAUAUCUCUGUAGCUCUAGAAGCUUCUGCUUGUUUUGCAUAACCUUCUGCUUGUUGUAUGGUACAGCACUAAUAACAUGGAACUCUAUAUACAUCACUAUUUGGGUCUCAGUUAAAAUGCUGAUUUCACUAAUUUGGGUGUUUCACAAAUGAAUGGUGAAUCAUCUGUUCAUAUUAGUUGUGUGCUACAUUUUUAGUAAAGCUAAUUCACACACAGUAUUUAAGGCCUAGCUCAGGCAGCAGCGAUUUUGGCUGGAUCUGAAGAAAUAUAUUAAUUGAAACUGAUACUUCUGCAUUGUAGCUGAGCUUGCUCCAGUGGAGUACACAAGGCAGCCUGUAAUUUAAGGUCAGGAAAACACAGCACGCUCAGGGGGCACUUAGGCAUUACCUAAUGAAAAGAGACUGUAAAUGACCGAUCCCUGUGGUUGUUAGAUUUAAUACAGAGUACAGAAAAAGCAUUUUUCUCUUAGAUAUGUGUCAGUAAUCUCAUCAGGGAUUCCUGACUGUUUGGGCGUGUGCAUGUGUGUACACACGCGUGUGUCAACCACAUUUCCCAUCAAUCACUAUGUGCUCUUAAUUGUGACAGUUUGAACCCCUCAGUCAUGAAGAGGGAGGGAUUUUACUGUGACUUGUUAUCUAUAUUCUUAUUUUACAUCCCAACAGCAACAUCUGGACUGCGUGUAGUCAGUUACUUUCCAUAUUGCACCGGUUCUUUGGUUCAUUCUUAAACCCCCGAUCCAAUUUUUCAGCCCUUACUAUAUUUCUGAUCUUCCUUGUAACCCUUUUACAUUCUGUUGUUAUGAAACUAUUUGAAUCCAAUGAGAAUUUAAAGUGAAGGAAAAUCACGUGCCCAGGUUUCUGGACAGCCAUUUGUAGAACACACCUCUGAGAGUAAAAAUAACAGCAGUGAAAGUUAAUGAUGACAAAUUAAUAGUAAGUAUUGCAGUGGGAGUUCAAACAUAAAUGGAUCUGCUUAAAGGAUUGGUUAGUCAUAGAUAUUUGGAGACUAAAUUUGAUUCAUGUAAGGAUGUCGUGGAUGCUAAAAAUUUAUUUACAUGGAGUCAAGGAGAUACAGCUAGACUCAUGAAAGAGGAAUCUAUCAGGGUUUGUUAAAGACGCCUCUUACAGUCUGGGAAGUCCUUGAGCUACAAGUUGCUGGAAGGAGAAUAUUCAACAAAUAUUUUCAUACUUCCACGCAGUCAUCUGCUUUUGGCUGUAGUGAAGAAUACCAUACUGAUCUAAUCCAAACCUUGUACUGAGUCACUCAGUGAGGAUAUGGUGACGUAAAGAACAGAACAUCUUCAGUGCGUGCUGCUUCCCUGCACCCUGAAUAAGAUCUGCCUGCUGGCUGUAUAACAAGGUCAUUCUUAUUUACUGUUACUCAAGAGAGAUUCCCGAAGUCAGUAGAAAUUCUGAUUUGCAGCAUAGGUUUUUUUAAAGAGCUACUCUUGACAUGUGUUAUAUCUGCAGUGAACAGCAGAAGUCUCAUUGUAUCAGAGGAAGACUUCAACCAUUCCUUGGUGCUCCUUCAAAUGCCUCCUUAAAAGGUAAGAUGAGUAGAUACCCUAAUUUGCCUAGGAAGUCAAAACUAAAAGAUGUCUCAAGGAUGAGUAGGUAAUAAACAUCAUCAAAACACUCAGCAAAGUUCAGUGGAAUAAGCCUUAAAUAAGCCACUGAUAUUAGCACAGAAUCAUAGAGGUUGGAAGGGGCUUCUGGAGCUCAUCUAGUUCAGCCCCCUCCUAAAGGAGCUCCCCUACAGUAGGUUAUUCUAUGCUCCUUUUCACUGAGAUGCUCAGGAACCUCAGUUUGAAACCAUCACCAUCAACAAAAACUUGACACCUGCUGCACUAAGAGCCACCAUUGUUUGUUCAAAUGUACUCUCUUUCCAGUACCUAGGAAUCAUACCACAUUCAGGUGUUUGGAACUGUUAUAUCCAUGGCUUGGCUCUGUGGUCAUAGUGCCACAUUAAUGUGGGAAUUUCAGUCACCCAGCCAAAUCAGGAUGAUUUAUGACACCACAGCUCAAGCCUGGUUGGUAUGGAGAGAACCACUGAGGAUGUGAGAAAUAGGAUGGUCUGGAAGAAGGCAUCUGCCUGGUCUCUAUGCAGUGCUCGGAGCCUUUCCCUUCCCCUGAAGGACCAGAGCUGUAAUGAUCUGUUUAAUGGUCCUUUGGUGAGAUGACCCCCAUGGUUUUUCAAGUGUACAUAAAAGCAAAAUAAAAUUACUAAAUUCCUGGGGUAAUUACUGAAAGCUUGUUUCUCUGCUAAUUUCUCUGUGCUUUUUAAGUUUGUCCAGGGGAUUUAUGCUAAUGAUCUCAAGCAUCUCCGACUAUUGGCUUGUGAUAAUAAUUUAAGGCCACUGAUUUCACCUUGGAGAAGCAGAUAGACAUGGUUCAAUUUAACAGGGUCUGGGUAUAUUAACAAGCUCUUCCUGUGAACAAAAAUAAUCAUUUCUUUACCUUGAAUGCUGAGAGUCCCAGCUACCCAGUGCUUUCCGCCGUUAUGCAAUCAAAUCUGCAGGCUACAGUGAUUUACUUUCCUGCCUAUGCCUUCCUGUGCCUUGACCUUUAAUAGCUCCCAUAUUUAAUCUUGUGUGUGGUCCCCCGGAGGAAUUUCUUGUGUCCAGAUCUGCUUGCUAAUUAUAGUUGUAAUGCCUUACCUGAAAAGAAAACAUAUUUCUAUAUUGAAUGAUGUGGUAAAUUCAUCUUUAUCAUGGGGAAUGAAAAAGAAAUACAGGCCUGUCUUUCUUCAUCGGUGGCUCAGCGUAGCAUGGGGGGCACUUCCACUGCUAAUCUUCUGAUCUCCAUUUCCCACAUGUAAGUCCCACCAGAGAUGCAAUAGAGCCAUCUGGACUCUUUGGUCCCGAGGACCCAACUAGAAGUAGGAAUAACUUUCCCAAAUGUGUACAUGAGGGCAGUGGAUGGUCACCAAUUGCUAUUUUGCUUUGCAAACCUCCUAUUGCAUGCUGACAGUGUGUGUUUGGUGGUCAGUUGAGCCCCAGAUCCAUCUGGCUUCACCUUCUGCCUUUGCUGGAAGAGGCUGUGCUGCUGUAAGCAGAGAGGGAGAGGCAAAAUCACAGGGAGCUUCGGGUGUCCUCUGCUGUGCUGGUGUAGAUUUCACAAAAUCCCUUCAGAUGCCUUUAAUAUAACAGCUUGGUGGUAGUGUCUCUGCUCUCCAUCUUACAACAUACAAAUUUCCUUAAGCAAUGAGACAGGACACUGUCCCAAGCCUGGCUCGAUGCUGCUUCCUCCUAUUUCCGGGCUGGCAACGUGCAGACUGGGUUGGAUUGGGCAGCAGGCUGUUUGUGUGGCUGUGCCCAGAGCAACAGUUUUGGCUGAGACAGGUGAGCAACAAGGCUCUUCUGAACAGUAUUGCACUUGCCAGAUUAACCAGCUCAAUUUCCCCAUGUUUGCAAGGUACACAUUUGCACGCUCAGUUCUGCAGAGCAGUUAGGAGUGGGCCCAUUUCCUUUCAGGGCAGUCAUUACCAGAUUGACUGCCAUCACCUUUAAGGUACUGACUUGUAAUGCCUUGUGCAGUAAUCAGUGAGAAUGAAACCUGUAUCGUCUGCAUUUAGCAUGAUUUUUUAAAUCCUUUUAUGUUGCUCUUUCUUUUUUAUUUUUCCUUUUAACUGUUUCCUUUUCUCUUUAGCCCACCUGAGCUGCCCUUAGCUGGCUGAGUGUUCAGCGUGUGCCACUGGCAAAGACCUGUUGCCUCCCUGGGCUCUUCCAGAGCAAUUUUGUUAACCUCCAUUUCAAGGAAACAAUACUCAUUUGUUUUAGACACCUCAUCAGGCACCGAGAUCAAAGUGAUUGGAGUCAUUUAUAAGCUCUGUGUUUCUGUCUGAUAAUAGAUAUGUAUGCAAUACAUACGACAAGAUGGAAAAACUAUGGAGGAUUAUUUAUCUUCCCACAGUUAACCUGGUACUCUGCAGUAGAGCCAGCCAAAAAAUUUGUCUGGUUUCCUAUCUUGGCCAUGAACCUUGAGGCUAAACUAAAAAUGCUAAACAAACAAAGUCUCGUGGAUUAAGGGAUUUUCAUAUUUGUUUUUACUUUUUUUUUCUUUUUCUUUUUUUUGUGGCAUGCAUAAGGAUAACUUGAAAUACUAACACACACACACAUAAAAAAGCCUAUCUUUCCCCUGUACUGUUAGAAAUUUAGGAAGAUGUUCUGACUGUGGAGUAGCCGGAGAGCUGGUAAUAUCAAGUUGCACCAGGGGAGUUUCAAGUUGGACAUUAGGAAAAACUUCUCUGGAAGAGUGGACAGGCACUCUCACAGGCUGCCCAGGGAGGUGGUGGAGUCGCCAUCCCUGGAGGUGUUAAAGAAACAUGGAGAUGUGGCACUGAGGGACGUGGUUUAGUGGGCAAUAUUGGUGGUAGGUGGAUGGUUGGCCUGGAUGAUUUAGAGGUCUUUUCCAACCUAUGAUUUUAUGAUUAAGCAUAGAAAACAAUCAGUAGAACAGGAUAUUGUAGAAUUGCUGUUUCGUUUUAAAAUGUCUAACAAUGUUUGUGACAAAAACGUUUUCUGGGAUUGCUAAUGAAUUUUCCCAACGCUAAGGGUGUGAGAAUCUGAAUUUCCUCCCAUUUUUUCCAAUGAAAUAUAAAAAGGAAAUGAACAACCUUUACAAAUAAAUGAGGAAAAGCUUAA